GGAAGACCGCCAGUGAUUAACCCUCAGUAUGCACCUAGUGCUCCUCCUCCGCCUGUGCCUCAAUCUACACACGUGGCGUCCUCCUCCAAUACUGCUGCCGUUGUACCGCGAUCCAGGUCUCCUUCAUCGACACCUUCAGCAACAAAUGCAAUUGUCCCGUACCAACCUAGAACGAACAUCGGCAGCGGCAUGGGUUACAACAAUCCGAUGAGGAGCAACCAAGGCGAGAUUGCUGCUUUGCUUCGAGAACUUGUGAACAGUGUCAGAGAAAAACGAGAAAGGAGGAGGUGUGAAGAGGAGAAGAAGCAAAAAGAGGAGCAGAUGCUAAAGGCAAAAGAAGAAGAGGAGAAGCGGCGAGAGGAGAAUGAGAGGAAGGAGGCUGACAGGGAAGUAAGAAUGGCCAAACUGUUUGCUGAACAGUUUGCGGCCAUGGAGAAAAAGAAGAAAGAUGACGAGGCGGGUGGCAAAAGAGAUCCUGCGAAGGGUAAGGAGAUAGCAUCCGAAGGCGUGAGAUCAAAUGAUGACAAGCCCAAGGUUCGAGACGGGAGCCUUAAAAUCGGUGACAAUGAAGCGAAGAAGAGGGGUCAAGAAGCACUCCAGGAUAUGAAGAGGGAAUUGAUGGAGGAGUACAAGGCGGAUUUGGAGGUAUUGUGCAGGAAGGACAACAUCAAGUAUAUCAACAAGAAGCAGGCAGUGAAUGAACUGGUCAAACUACGGGCGCGGGAUGCUUAUGGGGAUACUGAGGAAGACGAGGAUGAGGAGCUGCUCAACGCCGACAUUGCAGGAGGGGAUGAGCAAGAGGAGAAUCCCUCCUGAAGUCUGUCUGGGACACAGGCUGGCUAUGGCAGCAAGCCUAUGAUAUCCGCGAGGCGAGGAAACGUUGUGACUUGAAAGG